GUCUACGAACAGUUGGCGCGGAAGUACGGCUCUGUCUUCUGCAUCCCGGCGAUCCUGGGCUACUCGCGUCUCGUAUUGUUUGAUCCCAAGGUGAUUCAACAUUUCUAUUCUCACGAGAUGUUUCUACACCAGCAGACGACGCUCACGAAGCAAUUUAUCGAGAACCUGGUCGGGAACGGUGUGCUGCGGGCGGAAGGGGACAGCCACAAGAGACAACGGAAAGCGCUUACACCAGCCUUCAGCGACGCCGCCAUCCGAAGGCUGACUUAUAUUUUCUUCGACUCGGCCUACAAAGUAGGCGCAUGCUCUCGAGACCUGCAUCCUCCCUGA